CAAUAAUUAUAUCUUCGCUGCCUUUUAUCAGCGUGAUAUUAUUAUUAAAAUUCGUUAUGUAUUCAAAGAUGCGUUCCCACUAAACAUCAACGUGAACGCAAAGGCAGAUUAGUAGGUAUGUGCGUAUGUGUUGAAUACUAGCAACGCCCUGGACAGGAACAGCGGAGAAACGUGACAAAGCAGCCGACGAGAACAAACGAAGCACAUACAUUGCCGCAUAUCAUCAGGUUAUACUGUGAACGUAGGUUGGGCAACGGAGGACGUUGUGUUGUGCCUUUAAUACUCGGUCACGAUGCCCUUUACUCCGUCCGCUCACAGUCAGCGACUGUUAUCGCUAAUGGGUACAGACGAAGUCAGAAUAACCGAUAAGCGAUAUAUGGACAAGCUGAAGAAGAGGUUACAGGUGGAGUACGAGGUGAAUUUGAAAAAGAGAGAAGAAGCCUUGGCGCUGACCGAAGUAAAACGAGAGAAGGAGCUCAUUUUACAGGGGAAGAUCCCGUGUCCAUACGAUGUUCUAGAAAAGAAACAACGGAAAGUAAAACACAAGAGGAAAAGAUCAAAGAAAAGGAAAUCAUCAAAAGGAUCCAAUAGCGGUGCAAGUGAAGGUGAAAGUUCAGAAGGCGGUCGAAAGAGAAGCAUUCACGCCAGUAAGGGCCGUCUAUCACGAAGAUCAAGUUCGCGACGUACGCGGAAAAGCGAGGAACAGAGCCUGUCGUGUGAUGAAAUCACACAAAUGUCCAAGCAGAACGAAGGUUCCGAAGAGGAAGCAACUACUACCGAGUCUUCUGACAUCGUCGAUGAAGCAAUUACAAAUAACAGACACUACAACAAUCCAAAUUUAAUACAGUUUAUGCAAGCCGAGACCGUUCACGAAAUGUACGCACUCGCCGACGAUCUCGUUGGCAAAUGACGACGUCAGAUCGACGUCAUCGCACUUGGGAACCAAGUUCUACUCGUCUAAUACAGUAAGCACGGGUUUCAAGAUGAAUGAUUCUAGCAUACCGUGAAUAUAUAAACGGGUCACUUUUUACACCGAUAUACAACAUCAUGGAAUUUAUCUGUGGUGUGUCAACCAAACACUCUUAUCUCUAUUUAUUUUAAUUUAAAUGGAAAUUAAAUAAAAACCGCGUCACUGGUAAUCCUGUGCUUUAUUGCGGUAUUUUACAAUCCGUAUUUAUGUUUUCAUUCAUUCAUUUAAAUAUACGACGGAAGUUAUCUGUCAUAAUUUCUACUGCGAUUAACAGUAAUGAUAUUUUAUCACUUGAAUAUAUUAACGCAAUAAAUACAAUUAAUU